AUGACAUUAGACCACGAUUUCGCUCCAUCGCAGGACGCUCAUGCACCAACGACCAGUAGCACUCACGGCGACUUUUCAGAGCAAGACAGCAGGCUCACGACGGACAGCGACGCAACUCAGCUUGGGACUCGACCACAAGAUGGACCUGAUCCGGUGCCACCUGCCAACAGUGACCAUCCAACCCCAUCGACGCCUUUCUCAGCACCGGAGGUCCCGAGCAGGAUGCCUGUGAAUACGACGGCACUCACUAAAUGCGCCAAUGGAAAGGUCACUGUCUUCCCCAAUCUUGACACACCUUCGUCCACUUCGCCGUCCGGACGAUGGCAACACACUCAGCCUCGGCGAUGGCGAACGACACUGCUGCGAGCCGGACCACUUUCUGGCAUCGCAGCUAUGCUGUUGGCCAUAGCGAGUAUUGUGGCCUCUUUGGGUAUGCUCAUAGCCUCAGACGGCGCUUCCGUCUCAAGCUGGGCCGUGGAACCUUCGAUCUAUCUAGCAAUUGGCACCGCCGUGGCAAAUUUGUCGAUGAGAUAUGCCUGCAUCACUGGGAUAGCAAUCGCUUGGUGGCUUAGGGCGCGAAAGGGUACAGCAACAAUUGAAAAGCAUUAUCUUGCCACGUCGUCCGCUGACCUCUUCCCCCUUCUUAUUGUAGGCUCAACUCUCCAAAAACUCCAUUACGACUGGCGUUCGGGCACCACCGUGGUAGGUGCGAUUACGGCCGGCAAGCAUCUCGGCCUUCUAGGACUUGCCACCAUCUUCUCGACAGUGGUGGUCAUAGACGGACCGCUCCUCCAGCGCUCAAGUCUGGUAGUUUCGACACCAUUUGAGAAAGACUCUCCAUUGCUCCUCCAUGUUUCCAUGGCCCAGGAAGUCCCGAGGCUUUAUACCGGGUUAUGGGCAAGGAGUAAUCAGACUGCAUAUGGCUAUCCUUACAACUGGCAAUUCAACGAAAGCAUGCCAGGUGGUAACAAUUCUGACGUCUCUAAUGACAAAUGGGCCGCAAGUGAUCCCACAUUCGACGAGGCGGUGAGCCGCCCGUUCUACGGAGACGAGCCGAUAGGAAGAGUGGUCACUGGAUGCAAAGACACGUGUAAAGCAGCAAUGAGAGCUCCUGCGCUAGCCAUCGGUCCUUGCACCACACGUGCGAUUCCAGUCAACUACAUCCACGCCAUGGCAUCACCUGAAGACAUGCUGUAUACUGCUUCUCCACUCGACCAGAAUGCCUUCGUAGUUGCUUCAUCACUGGUGGUCGAGCACCAAGAGAACGAGGUCAUCAAUCUCUUCACCGGCUUUGGAGACACUACAAACUGCGUUGGCACGUUCACCUACACCAGCUGCUACUUGCGGUCGACCAUUGGCGAAUACAACAUCGCCAUCGCCGGCGCCGAAUUUACGAUCGAGAACCCCGCGAGCCCUCGCAUAGUAGCGCUGGCGAACAACACCUUGACGAACUAUACCCCCGACUAUCGUGCGAGAGUGCAGCGAUCGACUCUGGGUGGAGUCGUGAACAUCGUCAACGCAGACUGGCGGAGCCGUUACACCGCGUACAGGGCAAGCGGCAAAAUACAGUGGUCGUCGUCUCUGGCCCCGGUGAAUCUCCGGUACAUGAUUGGCAACACAAGAUGCCCUUCGUUCAAAGACUCGUUUGAGGACGUACUCGCUGCGCUCAACACGGCGAUGGUGUAUACCGGUGCUGCCGCUGCCCAAAUGGAGCCUUAUUAUCUUCAUGGCCAUGAUGGACCUUGGCAUUGCGGAGCAAACGAAUACCACGGUUAUCGGCUACAAGACUGGUGA